AUAAUGGAAAAAGUGAACAUAAGCAUCCCAGAAGGCUUUCUAUUAUUGGGCUUCUCUGACCGGCCAUUACUAGAGAUGAUUAUUUUCAUAUUUGUCUCAAUUUUCUAUGUGUUUACACUUUUGGGAAAUUCUGCCAUCAUGCUGUUAUCUCACUUAGAUGCCAGGCUUCACACUCCCAUGUACUUCUUCCUCACCAAUCUCUCUUUCUUAGAUAUCAGCUUCACUACUAGUAUUGUCCCUCAAAUGCUGGUCAACCUCUGGGGACCAGAGAAAACGAUUAGCCGUGCAGGUUGUGUCAUCCAGUUUUAUAUUUCCCAUUGGUUAGGGGCCACUGAGUGUGUCCUCCUCUCAGUCAUGUCCUAUGAUCGUUAUGUUGCCAUCUGCAAGCCCCUCCACUAUACUAUCAUCAUGAAUUCAUUGGUCUGCUGGGGCCUAGCUGCAACUGCAUGGCUUGGUGGACUUUCUACCUCCUUGCUAGGCUCAACACUCACAGUACAACUGCCUUUGUGUGGUCACAACCGUAUUGACCACUUCUUCUGUGAGAUGCCCCUAAUCAUGCAGCUGGCCUGUGUGGACACCAGUCUCAAUGAGGUAGAGAUGUAUGUAGCCAGCUUCAUCUUUGUGGUAUUGCCUUUGGGAUUCAUUCUGGUUUCCUACAGUCAGAUUGCUCUGGCUGUCCUGAGGAUCAAAUCCACUGAGGGGAGGUACAAGGCAUUUAACACCUGCUCCUCCCACUUGAUGGUAGUGUUCCUGUUUUAUGGGAGCAUUAUCUUUAUGUAUCUUCAACCAGCUAAGAGUAGUUCACAUGAACAGGGGAAGUUUGUUGCUCUCUUCUACACUGUGGUGACACCAAUGCUAAACCCACUCAUCUAUACUCUGAGGAACAAAGAUGUGAAAGGAGCUCUGAAACAACUGGUAUCAGGAUCUGGAUGUGGUCCAGGAAUUAAACAGGGGACCAUUUAG